GACACGCGACCGGCGGCAUCCAUAACAUCUGUCCCCCCUCCGCCUAUGGACGGGGAGGAGCGGCAGAAAAGAAAGAAAAAAAGAAGGGGAAAUCUGGGGUCGCUGGGGCAGCCCAGCCGGUGCCCUCUACCCGGGCCACCCCCAGCGCUUUGCCGCUUUCCGCCACGCCUACAAACCAGGAGGCGUGGUCGAGGGUGGUUGGCCGAAAGGCCAAAAAGGCAGCUGCUGCGGUUGAAUCUGCAGCGGCCGUCAGGGCCUCAAUGACCGGGAAGUGGGCGGGGCGGGUGGCCCCGACGCCCCCGAAAAAGGCUCUCCUGCCUCCGCGUCCGUCUCGUACAGCCGCGGUGACCAUCACGGUCCCGGCUGGCGGGGCUAUGACUUAUGCGCAGGCGAUGGCCACCGCGAGGUCGAAGGUCGACCUUGCGGAGGUUGGCAUCGCCUCGCUAAGGCCGCGGAGGGCGGUGACUGGUGCAAUCAUCCAGGAAGUUCCAGGCGCUGAUGGUGCUGCUAAGGCCACUGUCCUCGCCACGAAAGUGGCCGACGCACUAGCGGGAACCGGCGUGAAAGUCGCGCGCCCUGUCAAAAAGACCGAUUUGAGGGUGCGCGGCCUGGUCGAUUCGACCACGCCGGCGGAGAUUGCUGCGGCCGUCGCCCGUGUUGGAGGGUGCUCUGAGGCGGAUGUGAGGACCAGCGAAAUCCGGUCUUCCCCCUCAGGACUGGGCACCAUCUGGGUCCAGUGCCCUGCUGCGGCCGCUCGUAAAGUUGCGGUCGCAGGGAGGUUGACUGUGGGCUGGACCCUGGCGACGGUUGAGGCCCUCAGCGCCCGGCCCCUGCAGUGCUACCGCUGCCUUGGUGUUGGUCACACCAGGGAGCAGUGCACUGCCGCCGAGGACAGGACCGGCUGCUGCUAUGGAUGCGGCAGCCGGGACCAUAAGGUGGCUAGCUGUUCAGCUGCUCCCAAUUGCACGAUUUGUGCGGGCGCGGGCAGGCCGGCUGGCCACCACCUCGGCAGCCAGGCGUGUCCCGCCGGUGCGAAGAGAGGCAGGGGAGGCGGCAAAAAGCCGCCUAAUAAAUAUAGUAAGACCAAGGAGAAGAAAGCCACGGUGGCCAAGGCGGCGGCCACCGUAGCUAACAAAGAGAAUAUGGCAUCACUUGAUGCCACCGUCGCGCCCGCGGGGGCGGAUGAAGCAAAUACAGCUCCAGACGCCACCGCUCCCGCGGCCGCGAUGGAUAUCGAAGUGGGCGUAUAA